AUGAGUGAGAACAAAAUUACCGACUACAAGCUGCUCGAGCGCAUCGGCAGCGGAACCUACGCGAUUGUUCACCGAGCCAUGCACAAGACUACGCAAGAGAUUCUGGCGGUGAAGGUGAUACCCAUGAGUAAAGUUUCCAACUCCUUCGUGGAUAAUAUUAUAAGCGAAAUAAGCUUGCUGAAAAAGUUAAAGCACCGGCACAUCGUCGAGAUGCGUGACUUUCUGUGGGACGACGAAAACAUUUACAUACUGAUGGAGUACUGCAAUGCCGGUAACCUUUCGUCGUACAUUAAGCAAAACCGUACGCUGGAUGAAGGUACCUGCCGGCAGUUUCUUCAGCAGCUUGCCCUUGCGUUGCGCUACAUGCGUCAGAACGACGUUAGCCAUCUCGACCUAAAGCCGGCCAAUCUGCUGCUCAUGAAACAUUCCGGCAUCUACAUACUGAAGGUGGGUGAUUUUGGCUUUGCCCAGCGGCUAAAACCGUACCAGGAAAAUACGGCCGUUAAGGGUUCGCCGCUUUACAUGGCGCCGGAAAUCCUGCUAAAAACUCCCUACGGUCCGGAGGCGGACCUGUGGAGUGUGGGCGUUAUUUUGUACGAGAGUCUGUUCGGGAAGGCACCGUACAGUUCUAAAAAUAUGCACGAGUUAGCGGAGCGAAUUCGUCGAAACGAUCCGAUCACGAUCCCGGUGCAGCCGGCCAUUACGGCCGAGUGUCGCCAGUUGCUUACCGGUUUGCUGCAGCGUGAUCCGGCCCACCGCAUUACGUUCGAGAAGUUUUUCGACGAUCCGUUUCUUGAUCUGGAGCACAUGGCCUGCGAAGAAAAUCUCGCCAAAGGAAUCGCCCUUAUUAAUCUGGCGAUCGAGAAGGAUCAGCGGCAGGAGCUGGUUGCGGCGUACCGUGCCUACUGUCAGGGCUUGAAGUACUUUGUGCCAAUAACUCGGGUAGAAGCGGAUCCGGCCAAACGGAAACUUUUGCGGGAACGCGUCCUAACGUACCUGAACCGGGCGGAAACGCUUAUGCGACACAUUUAUGCCAUCAAUCGAACGGUAGAACGACAGCAACCGAAAGCCUUAGUGAACGUUAAGCCACCCAAUACAAAGUUGCCCACCAAUUCGGGCACACAGCCAGGCACGAGUAAGGGUGCGGGUGGCCCGGAACAACCGAACACUGCGCCGGAACCGGAUUUGAUGGAGCUAGCACGUGACUACGAAGACAUUGCCCGUGGACUUCAAAUUGGCUGCGAAGCGGAUAAGGAUGCGUCCGAGGAUAGGUUGGAUGUAGCGCUGGACGGUUACACGGCCGCGCUCGGAUUGCUAAUACCGAUGCUGCACAAAGUCACACCGGUUGAACAGCGUAAGCUUCUCCGGCAACGGAUCAAACACUGGAUGGAGGAGGCCGAACACAUCAAAUCGAUCCGUUCGGCACAAAUCAUGCAGGAGAUGGAACGCACUGGAGCGAACCAUUACGGCUGUAUCGUUCAGUGA